AUGGUAGCGCGUCUGACUCCAGAUCAGAAGGUUGCGUGUUCGAUUCACGUCGGGUUCAAACCCCCGAUCCAAAUCCGGAUCUUUUUAUUUUUCAAUUUUGCAUUUACAACCGCAUUUUCCAUUUUUUUGUUCCACCCAAUUCUUCGAUCUCCAAUGCUCCGUAUCAUUUUCUCAAUCUCUCCCACACAAAAAUGGAAGCGAAAAAGAUUUGCCUUGCUGCAGUCCCAUCACUCUCACACUCACUUUUCUCCUUAAAUUUCCACACAAAAAGAAUCUCUUUUUGACGAAACGAAAAGAAGGAUCCGAAGAGAGCAGAAGCCAUGGCGGUGGAUCCAAGCAGCGCGGCGCAGGCGGCGACGCGCCGGAGCGAGGAGGAGACGGCGGCCUUCUUCCGCUCCGCGCCGCCGCUCCGCGAUCGCGACCGUGUCGGCGCCAGCAUCGCCGACUUCGUCGCCCGCCACUCCGCCGGGCGCGGCGGAGGAGAAGGUCCCGCCGGGGUGGUCUGUGUCACCUCCGGCGGCACCACGGUGCCCCUGGAGCAGCGCUGCGUGCGCUACAUCGAUAAUUUCUCCUCCGGCCAGCGGGGGGCGGCCUCCACCGAGUAUUUUCUCAAGGCGGGCUACGCUGUCAUCUUUAUCCAUCGCCGCGGGAGCAAGCAACCGUACUGUAGAUUUCUUCCAGAGGAUUCGUUUCUCGAUUUUUUUGAGCUCAGUGAAGAGUCAGAGAUCCAAGUUCCACAAUCUCAUUCCACGGUGGUCAAGGCAGCGAUCAGUAAUUAUCGCAAGGUGAUUGAUGAAGGCCUGCUUCUGAAACUUCCCUUCACUACAAUUUUCGAGUACCUUCAGUUACUACAAAUGGUAGCCACUUCUAUGAAUUGCUUGGGGCGCCACGGAAUUUUUUAUCUUGCUGCUGCAGUUUCCGACUUCUAUGUUCCUUGGGAAAGCAUGGCUAAACAUAAAAUCGAGUCAGCAGGUGGCCCUUUGAACAUGCAACUCAGCCAAGUUCCAAAGAUGCUUUUCAACCUCAGAAAACAUUGGGCUCCUUCAGCAUUUUGUGUAUCCUUCAAGCUCGAGACAGAUCCAAAUAUUCUUCUACAGAAGGCGGAGAUGGCUUUGAAAAAGUAUGGUAUGAAUGUUGUGGUGGCCAAUGAGCUUGCAAACUACAAAGAUGUAGUAGUGAUGGUCACAAGCAGAGGGAGGAGGACCGUGAGCAGGAACAGCAAGGAGGAAGACCUGGAAGAACAGCUAACCGAUCUCUUGGUAAAGAUGCACUUGGAGCACAUUAAACAGCCCAAUUCAGAGGACCAUCAAACACGUGCCAGCUGAGAUGGUUACAUACUAUUGUGGUGACGGCAAAGUUGCUGCAGAGUUCACCUGGUUCACCAGAUGCUCAAUGUGCUGCAGCAGAUGAAUACCAAUUCUACGAGUCACACCAACACGCAACAUCUAUACGUAUUUGAAUUUGAAUGUAAGCUGGCGUUGCAAUGUCACUGUUCUUGUAGCGCAGCUGGGGCCCCAUAUGAUGCGUGUAAGUCGGAAUAUGGCACAGGAAUA